UGCCGGUUCUAAUUAUAUAUUUAAUCGUUGUAAUAAUUACAAAAUUAAGAAAUUGUACUUGCUGAAAAUGAUCUGGCUUUUAAAACUACAACUAAAUAGCUGAACUCUACACCAGGACUUUGCAUAACAUUGCAAUUGUGUUUUUAUUAGUUAACAUUUACAAGUACUCAAAAGUCCAAUAAUAUAUAACAUGUCUGACGCACCAGUACAAGAACGCAAAGCGAAUCCGAUUAAGUCAUUUCUCAGUGGUGGCUUCGGUGGCAUAUGCAAUGUUUUAUCAGGACAUCCAUUGGAUACGAUAAAAGUGCGGUUACAGACAAUGCCAACACCUAAACCUGGAGAAGCUCCAUUGUAUAGAGGAACAUUUGAUUGUGCGGCAAAAACAAUUAAAAAUGAGGGAGUACGUGGCCUUUAUAAGGGUAUAACUGCACCGCUCACAGGUGUUGCGCCUAUAUUUGCCAUGUGUUUUGCUGGUUAUGCGCUCGGAAAACGUAUUCAACAGACUGGUGAUAAUACGAAAUUGACAUAUACUCAAAUAUUCGUUGCCGGUGGAUUUUCGGGAUUAUUUUCUACUUGUAUUAUGGCACCCGGUGAGCGCAUUAAAUGCUUGCUUCAAGUACAGCAGGCAUCUGGCGGUGAACGUAAAUAUCAUGGUAUGGUGGAUUGUGCUAUCAAACUAUACAAAGAAGGUGGCAUUCGUAGUAUAUUCAAAGGAAGUUGUGCAACAAUGCUCAGAGAUAUACCCGCAAACGGCAUUUAUUUCCUUGUAUAUGAGUACUUACAAGCCAAGGCAAAGGAAAAGUCGGGCAGCGAACAUGUAAGCAUGAGUUCAACAUUGUUUGCUGGUGGAUUUGCUGGUAUUUCAUACUGGAUUUUGGGUAUGCCAGCUGAUGUGCUUAAGAGUAGACUGCAAACCGCUCCUGAGGGAAAAUAUAAACAUGGUGUACGUAGUGUUUUUAAGGAACUUAUUGUCAAGGAUGGUCCAUUAGCUUUGUAUCGCGGUGUGACACCGAUUAUGUUACGUGCCUUCCCCGCCAAUGCUGCCUGUUUCUUUGGUAUUGAAUUAGCUAAUAAGUUCUUUAGAUCUGUGGCACCAAAUUUCUAGUUUAAAGUAAUACAGUUCAUACAAUUUAAGGCGAUGAUAUAGAGCUUAGAUUUUUUGAAGAAUUUUAAUUACUUUUAUUAUAAAAUUAUGCAAAACUAAAUAAGUUUUUGUACUUUCAUAGUUAGACCAUUUAAAAUGUUGAAGAAAACUAUUGUGAAACAGAAUAGAAAAAUAAAUUAAU